CCACCGGCCAGCUGCCCGUCGAGUCAGCCCUGCACUCGGUCCGGCCUCGCCUCCGCUCGUGGGCAACUACUGCCGCUCAUCCGGCCAUGCGGUGGCCGUGGCCUCUGGCCAUCUCUCUCGCCGUGGCGUUAGCGGCGGGUCCCGGCAGGGCCCCCUGGGGCGUCCCCCUGCGCCGGGGCGGUCGACAGGCCGCGACCCAGGAGCAGCCGAGCCGGUCCAGGCGUGGCACUGAGGAGGAGGAGGAGGCCAAGGGGGUGCAGCAGUACGCGCCCGAGGAGUGGGCUGAGUACCCCCGGCCCAUCCGCCCCACCGGGCCGCAGCCCACCGAGCCCCAGGUGGCCGCCAGCGCCCACCCGGACUGGGCUGUGGUCCCUGGGGGCAGCAGGCAGGAGCCUCGGGGCAACACGACGGGGACGCCGGGCCGGCGGCUGCAGAUCCAGAACCCCCUGUACCCGGUGACGGAGAGCUCCUACGGGGCCUACACCGUGCUGCUCCUGGCCCUGGUGCUGUUUGCCGUGGGCAUUGUGGGCAACCUGGCGGUCAUGUGCAUUGUCUGGCACAGCUACUACCUGAAGAGCGCCUGGAACUCCAUCCUCGCCAGCCUGGCCCUCUGGGACUUUCUGGUCCUCUUCUUCUGCCUCCCUGUCAUCAUCUUCCAUGAGAUCACCAAGCAGAGGCUGCUGGGUGACGUGUCUUGCCGGGCUGUGCCCUUCGUGGAGGUCUCCGCUCUAGGCGUCACCACCUUCAGCCUCUGCGCCCUGGGCAUUGACCGCUUCCACGUGGCCACCAGCACCCUGCCCAAGGCCAGGCCCAUCGAGCCGUGCCCGUCCAUCCUGGCCAAGCUGGCGGUCAUCUGGGUGGGCUCCAUGACGCUGGCUGUGCCCGAGCUCCUGCUCUGGCAGCUGGUGCAGGAGCCUGGCCCCGCUGCGGGCCCUGUGGAUGCGUGCGUCAUGAAGCCCUCGGCCCGCCUGCCUGAGUCCCUCUACUCGCUGGUCUUGACCUACCAGAACGCCCGAAUGUGGUGGUCCUUCGGCUGCUACUUCUGCCUGCCUGUCCUCUUCACGGUCACCUGCCAGCUGGUGACGUGGCGGGUGUGGGGCCCGCCCGGCAGAAAGCCGGAGUGCCGGCAGGGCCAGCAGGAGCAGCGCGAGGGCCAGCUCAGCAGCACCGUGGUGGGCCUGACCGCCGUCUACGCCCUCUGCACCCUCCCCGAGAACGUGUGCAACGUCGUGGCCGCCUACCUCUCGGCCACGCUCACCCGCCAGACCCUGGACCUCCUGGGCCUGGUCGGCCAGUUCUCCACCUUCCUCAAGGCGGCCGUCACGCCCGUGCUCCUCCUGUGCGUGUGCCGGCCGCUGGGCCGUGCCUUCCUGGACUGCUGCUGCUGCUGUUGCUGCGAGGGCUGCGGCGGGGCGGCGGCCACCGACGGCCCCGAUGCCAAGCUCCAGACGGGGCUGUCCGCCUCUGUCUACUUCCACAAGCCCCGGGAGGCGCCACCGCUCCUGGCCCUGGGCACGCCCUGCUGAGGCUGGCCGGCCGUGGCAGGGGGAGCUCUGUCCAGAGAUGGACUUGGUUCCCCUGGCUGGGGUCUGGGUAUGUCGCAGCCCCCUGGCCGAGCCCCUUCUUGGGGGCCGGCCCGCCCGUCCUCUUUCUGGGGGGCGGUGAUCCUCCAGGUCCUCAGAGCUGCCCAGAAACUCUCCAUCCCGCCGGCUGGGAGCCAGAACCUCACCUGGUCCCAGCCUCACUCUCCCCUCUCCAUCUGGAGCCCGACUACACUAUACUUUGCCCCUCUCGGCAUCGCCCAUCCUGGACGGGGGCCUUGGGGGCCAGCAACCGGGCUCUUCUCUGCACAGGAUGGGCCCAGCCCUGGAAGCCUCCUCCAGGUGCCGUCUCUUCUCCAGGAGCAUUUCUCUCUCUGUCCUCCUCCUUCUCUGACGUACCCUGGUUGCCCUGUCCACCCCCCCAAUCCCGGUCACGUGCUCCCCCGUAGAAGACCCUUCUUGGAAAACAAUAAACUAGGUAGAACUA